UCCUCCGGCCACCAAUAACCAAAUCAGUUUCUUCAAGAAAACCCCAUUUCACCAAAUUUUUCCAUCAAACAAAUUAAAAAUAAAUAAAUAAAUAAAUCAACCCACAACAGCAACAUGCUAGUAUCCCUCUCUUAUAUUCUCAUUCUUCUGUAUAUUCUGUGUCAUAAAUUUCCCUCUCACCAUUCUUCUUGUCAUGCAGCCUUCACACCGCCGGAAAUUCACACCAAUUUUCUCCACCGAAUCAUUCAUAAUGAAGCCGGCCAGCCGAAAGGGCAGUAAUCUCUCUAUUUUAGCCGUGGCGGUUUCCAUUUUUUUGUUCGGUUGUUUCAUGUACAAUGAGGACGUGAAAUCCAUUGCCGAGUUCCCAUUUUCCAGGCCUAAGUCUGGUCAAGAAAUUCAAGAAGAGCCAUCCAAGAAUACUAAUGGUAUAAUUCAAGAAAGUGACAAGAAUGUUGGCGAUCAGACCACUGUUUCAGUUGUUUUAAAUGCAAGAACUGUAGUGGAGACGGAGAUAGAAACUUCCGAUUCUGAUCAUGAUCAGAAACAAGAAUCUGUGACCUUGAAAGAUGGGAAAGAAAAAGAGGAAGGAGAAAAGAAAAUUGAAUUACCCGUUGAAGAUGACGACGAGGUCGAUGAGGAGGAGGAGGAGGAGGAGGAGGAAAUUGAAUUACCUCCUGAAGACUGUGAUCUGUUUACAGGGCACUGGGUUUUCGAUAACAUUACUCACCCACUGUAUAAAGAAGAUGAAUGUGAGUUUCUCACAGCCCAGGUGACUUGCAUGAGAAAUGGAAGGAAGGAUUCUUUGUAUCAGAACUGGAGGUGGCAGCCCAGAGAUUGUUCUUUGCCCAAAUUUAGACCAAGAUUGUUGCUUGAGAAACUGAGGAACAAGAGGCUGAUGUUUGUUGGGGAUUCCUUGAAUCGAAACCAAUGGGAAUCAAUGGUUUGUUUCGUCCAAUCCGUCGUUCCUCCCGAAAGAAAGAGCUUGAACAAGUCUGGCUCUUUAUCUGUUUUCCGAAUCGAGGAUUAUAAUGCUACAGUAGAGUUUUACUGGGCUCCAUUUUUGGUGGAAUCAAAUUCAGAUGAUCCUAAUAUGCACAGCAUUUUGAACCGGAUCAUCAUGCCUGAAUCAAUCAAAAAGCAUGGCAAGAAUUGGAAGAAUGUUGACUUUCUCAUUUUCAAUACUUAUAUAUGGUGGAUGAACACUUUCUCAAUGAAAGUUCUGCGAGGAUCCUUCGAUAAGGGGUCGACGGAGUAUGAUGAAAUUGCAAGGCCUGUGGCAUAUGAAAGAGUUUUGAGGACCUGGGCUAAGUGGGUAGACAAAAAUAUAAAUCCUAAUCGAACGCAAGUUUUUUUCAUGAGCAUGUCUCCUCUUCACAUCAAGAGUUUGGACUGGGAAAAUCCGGAUGGCAUAAAAUGUGCCUUAGAAACAACCCCAAUACUCAACACCUCAAUGCCACUGAAUGUGGGCACAGACCGCAGGCUAUUCAGAGUUGCAGUAAAUAUCACUGAAUCAAUGAAGGUGCAUGUCUAUUUUGUCAAUGUAACCACCCUUUCCGAGUAUCGAAAAGAUGCACACACCUCAGUUCACACCAUUCGCCAAGGCAAGAUGCUGACGCCCGAGCAGCAAGCUGAUCCUGCCACGUUUGCAGAUUGUAUCCAUUGGUGCCUACCGGGCUUGCCAGAUACAUGGAACGAGUUCCUCUAUACACAUAUUAUAUCACGUUCUUCAAACGAGUCCCCCAACCUGUAGCUCUGGAUGAAUUCUUAUACACAUCUCUUUGAUGUUUACUCUCGUGUCCUGGUGUCUAACAUGUCACCUAAGAUUUUGAUUUUAUGUUGAGAAUACCUAUGCAGCUCAGCAAUUGUUAAUCUUUGCAUGUAAUUUCUCCAACUAUAUUUCUACUGUUGGGUUUCUCGUUUGUGGAUUUGUAACUUCAUUGAGCCGAUGUAAAUCAGGGGCGUUGAGACCUGAAAUGUACCCGCCAAAACUUUUAAAAUAUUUUUCCUCUA